AUGGGCACACAAUCUCUGCAGGCAUUUGUUUCGAGUUUUGCGGGGGUUCAAUUAAAUGUUGUCCAAAGCACGCCUGCGUUCUGGGGCGGGCGUGUUCGAGAGGUCUCGCAGGGGCACCGGCCAGCGAGCCCGUGCUGGCGUGCUGGCCGUUUCUCUCUUGUCGCUGCUGGGGACCGCAAGAAGAAGAAUCCUGGAAGUAAGAGAACGCCACCCAAGUCGAUGCGGAGAGAAAAGGAUACGCAAAAUGGACGUACGGAUACCGAUCCGGAGAAAGAGGGUGCGAUUGAAAUGGAAGGCGUUAUCGUCGAAUCUCUUCCAAACGCAAUGUUUCGCGUGCAACUGACCAAUGACGUUGUGGUUUUAGCGCAUGUGAGUGGAAAAAUUCGGAAAAACUUUGUACGUUGUAUCGUUGGGGACCGCGUUCGCGUAGAGCUUAGUCCAUACGACUUGUAUCGCGGACGCAUUGUGUACCGUCUCAAGUAA